GAGGCAGUAAUGAUUGUCACAGCGUCGGUUUAAUCAUUCACCUCACGCAGCGCUCUUCAGCCCGGCUCAGACCGUGUCUGGGUCUUUGUGUCUCUGGUCUCUGGGUCUCUGAAGGCUCCUGUCGCUGUUCGGACCGCCGUCAUGUCUCAGCUGGUCGAGUGCGUCCCAAACUUCUCCGAGGGGAGAAACCAGCAGGUGAUCGAUGCGAUCUCCACGGCGAUCUCUGAGACGCCGGGCUGCAGCCUGCUGGACGUGGACCCCGGGUCCUCCACCAACCGCACCGUCUACACCUUCGUGGGCUCUCCUGACGCCGUGGUGCAGGGGGCGCUGAACGCCGCCCGCCGCGCCUUCAGCCUCAUCGACAUGAGCAAACACUCAGGUGAGCAUCCUCGGACCGGAGCCCUGGACGUCUGCCCCUUCAUCCCGGUCCAGGACGUCUCCAUGGACGACUGCGUCCGCUGUGCCAACGAGUUCGGACAGAAGCUCGCCGAGAUGCUGCACGUGCCCGUCUCCGUGGUCAUCAGUGGUUCUAAGUCUGUGUGGUCCUCAGUCUACCUGUAUGGACUAGCGGCUCUCAGAGAGUCCAGGCGGAGUCUACCUGCAGUCAGAGCUGGAGAGUAUGAAGCUCUACCUGACAAGCUCAGGCAAGCUGAUUGGUCCCCUGACUUUGGCCCCGCCCAGUUUGUACCAUCAUGGGGUGCCACAGUAACGGGGGCUCGUAAGUUCCUGAUCGCCUACAACGUGAAUCUGAUCAGCACCAAGGAGCAGGCACACCGCAUCGCUCUGAACAUCAGAGAGCAGGGGCGGAGCAAAGACCAGCCCGGUCGGCUGCAGCAGGUCCAGGCGAUGGGUUGGUACCUGGACGAGUCAAACAUUGCUCAGGUGUCCACCAACAUCCUGGACCACGAACUGACGCCGCUUCACCGAGUCUACCAGGAAGUGUGCCGGGACGCCAAGGAGCUGAAGUUGCCCGUGGUUGGCUCUCAGAUUGUGGGUCUGAUCCCGCUGAAGGCUGUUCUGGAUGCUGCAGACGACUUCAUCACCACAGAGAAGCUCUUCAUCGUGGAGGAGGAGCACAAAGUCCGACUGGUGAUCAGUAAGCUGGGUCUGGACUCUCUGGGUCCGUUCAACCCCAAGGAGAGAAUCAUCGAGUACAUGGUGAGCUCAGGGGAGGACGGACGCCUCGUCUCUCUGUCUCUGCAGCAGUUUGUUCGGAGCGUUGGAGCCAGGACGGCGGCCCCUGGUGGAGGAUCGGUUUCUGCAGCCGUGGCUGCUCUGGGAGCGGCUCUGGGUGCCAUGGUGGGUCAGAUGACAUAUGGGAAACGUCAGUUCGAGAACCUGGACAGCGUGAUGAGGCGGCUGAUUCCUCCGUUUCAUGAAGCGAUGAACGAGCUGCUGCUGAUGGUGGACGCUGACUCGACCGCCUUCAACAGCUACAUGGCGGCGCUGAAGAUGCCGAAGAGCACGGCCGAGGACGUCAGGAAGCGGGAGACAGCCAUGCAGGAUGGUCUGAAGCGAGCAGUGGGCGUUCCUCUGGCAUUGGCUGAGCGUGUCAGCGUCCUGUGGCCGUCUCUGAAGGAAAUGGUUGUUCAUGGAAACAUUGCCUGCAAGUCGGAUGCUCAGGUGGCUGCUAAAGCUCUGGAGACGGCGGUCUUUGGGGCAUACUACAACGUCACCAUCAACCUGAAAGACAUCACAGAUGAAGACUUCAAGAUGGCGAUGCUGAAGAGAGCAGCCGCGUUGCUGCAGGAAGCGAAAGAGAGCGCCGCUGCCGUCCUCCUUGCUGCAGAUGACAGGAAGUAAAGCUACCCUCACCAAAGACCUUGGAGUGAGCUGCUCUGUGAUUGGAUAAUCCUAAAAGCAGUGCAUUCUGGGAGUUGUAGUUGUUUGAAUAGAAUCAGUAUUUUCAUCAUGAAUGAUCAUCACGAGUAUAAACAGACUGGUUUUAAUUCAAAGUGAUUUAGAGUGACCUGAGUCAGGACAUGGUCACCAUGGCGACAGAAUAAAUAAAUAAAUAAAUAGAUAAAUAAAUAGAA